AGUCAGUGCCGCUUUUCCAGCGAGUAAAUGAUGCUGGGGCUCCGGAACCUGAAGAUGCAGUAGGGCGGAUGGAGGAAGACUGGGAGGUGGCUGGAGGCGGUGAGCAAGAAACGAAUCGGUAAGGGGCACGGAUACGAGUGCAUCAACUCGCCGGACAGCGUCCAUGGUAUCUCUGCGUUCGGUCUUCCGACGCCACGAUGAGCGAAAAAGCCACAGGCCUUCGAUUGUUGCUUCCCCGGAGCUCCCCGUAACAUCGAGGGUUGGUUCCCCAGCUCUCUUUAACAUCGAGGGGUGGUUGCCUGAGGAUGAUGCUCACCGUUUGAUACGAAUUUCAAUGGUGUGAAGAAGGAAGAUUCACCCCUCCGUUUAAAUAUUCCGCUCGUACACCGAGGCGAAGCACGGUGAACAGUCAUGGGUGUCAUGGGUUUAGCCAUCAUCUUAGCACAGUCGCCACUUCGACUGGCUGGUGUCGCGGUAAAUUGAACGUCAGAUUGAGCGGAAACCAGCCAUCAUCUUCAGUCGCAGCGAUGCUGUGUUUCAACAUGGAGUCGUCGAGUGUACAACCUUGUUUUCUGUCAGCAUUUCUGGCGUUGACCCUACUGUGUCAGCUGGGCGGCAGCCAGUCGGCGCCGGACGCCUCGGGCCUGCCUCUCGCUAUUCGCUUGCCACUCAGCCAAGGAGCCCGUACCGAAUCGUCGCCGCCUCUUGAACGUGGUGAAGCUCGGAAGAUGAGUGGUCGCCGGCGGAGGGGAGUGACAGCCAGCGGCAUCAACUUCGUGGACAUGGUCGAUAACCUGCGGGGAAAGUCCGGGCAGGGCUACUACGUGGAGAUGGCCGUAGGCUCUCCUCCGCAAAAGCUGAACAUACUGGUGGAUACUGGAAGCAGUAACUUUGCUGUUGGGGCAGCUGCUCAUCCAUUCCUGCGCCGAUACUACCAUCGCUCACUCUCGACAUCUUACCGUGACCUUGGAAGAAGCGUGUAUGUACCUUAUACCCAGGGUCGAUGGGAAGGCGAGUUGGGUUCGGAUUUAGUCUCUGUUCCACACGGCCCCAAUGCCACGCUCCGUGCCAACAUUGCUGCAAUCACCCAAUCUGAUCGCUUUUUCAUCAAUGGAUCCAACUGGGAAGGAAUUCUUGGACUGGCUUAUGCUGAUAUAGCACGGCCUGACGAGCGACUGGAGCCUUUCUUUGAUUCCCUGGUUCGCCAGACGCCUGUCCCCAACCUCUUCUCUCUCCAGCUAUGUGGUGCCGGGUUUACCCAAAACCACUCGGUGGGUAGCGCCACCGUUGGAGGAAGCAUGAUCAUUGGAGGCAUCGACACAUCCCUCUAUGUGGGAGAGCUUUGGUAUACUCCCAUCCGUAGGGAGUGGUACUACGAGGUCAUUAUUGUGCGAAUUGAGGUGAAUGGACAGGACCUCAACAUGGACUGCAAGGAGUACAACUACGAUAAGAGCAUUGUGGACAGUGGCACCACGAACCUUCGACUACCCAGAAAAGUCUUCCAGGCUGCUGUCAAGGCCAUCGAAGCAGCUUCCUCAACAGAACAGUUUCCAUCUGGGUUCUGGCUCGGCGAACAGCUGGUGUGUUGGCAGGCCGACACGACACCCUGGAACAUCUUCCCGGUCAUCUCUCUCUAUCUGAUGAGUGAAAACCGUAAUCAGUCCUUUAGAAUCUCCAUCCUGCCCCAGCAAUACUUGCGACCAGUUGAGGACGUAGCUUCUGCUCAGGAAGACUGCUAUAAGUUUGCUGUGUCCCCAUCUAGCACUGGCACAGUUAUGGGGGCAGUCAUCAUGGAGGGAUUCUAUGUGGUGUUUGAUCGAGAAAAGAGCCGAAUCGGUUUUGCUAUAAGCACGUGCCACGUUCAUGACGAGUUUCGCAUUACCUCUGUGGAAGGCCCUUUCUUCGGUAUUGACCUGGAGGACUGUGGCUACAACAUCCCCCAGACAGACGAGUCCACUCUUAUGACCAUUGCCUACAUCAUGGCGGGUAUCUGUGCUCUCUUCAUGCUGCCGUUGUGUCUCAUGGUGUGCCAGUGGCGCUUUGCUCGCUGCCUUCACCCACAGGGCGACUUCUCUGAUGACAUAUCACUUCUCAAGUGAGCUGGUGAACUGGAGGACGAAGGGUAUCGUGGAGCCCGCAAAUUAGCUGGGUUUACAUGGAGCCUUGUAGUCCGAUUAAAAUGAAACCGAACGACUAAACGGAAUGAAAAUGCUCCUUAUAAACACCUCACUUGGAAUAAAAAGGCCCAAUCGGAGUGGAAUUUCAUUUGGAUUCACAACGGUGGUAUUUUCGUUUUGCCAAUCCAACAAACGUCAUGUCAACAGUUCAGUGGGUAUUGCCAGUCUGUGUCCGGUCUGCACAUGUUCUGUCUUGACGUAAAUGCGUAGUGACAUUUACGCACUUGAAAAUGAUAGCGUCCAACCAGAGCUCGGCUGCAACAGGAAACUUUGUUUAAAACUACUUGUAACUUGUUUUUAUUAAGAUAACGCUUUGAUAAAAGUGUCGCAACAAUCACAACUACUGUGCUAAGUAGAUAAAAAUUGUGAUGUUUAGAUCGAUAUCCGCAUGUCACAAGGCUCUAAAACGACUGUUCUGAAUAAUGUAAUGGGGCAUGUCAGCGACGGAUCAGAAUAGAUCACGUCUCAUGUGAACAGUUGACCACAAUUCUUCAGUCGGAAUUAUUUCAAUUGGAAAGUCUCCAUGUAAACCCAAAAAAGUGAUGCAAGUUGUGCUGUGUUACAAAGUAAAAUAUUUUUCCGCAAAAUAAACUGGAAAAUAGAUUGCAAGAUCUAAAGGGAGUUCACUAUACACUAAAAGGCACUCUGACUCUUGCUUUUGGGAUUGGGACCGCUCUAUCUUUGUUGUACGUACUUUAAAAUGGUAUGGCUGGUUGUCGUGGUGAUGCUAAGAGAAACUGCUGUGCAAUCGCUUAUUAACUGGAGGCUUGCUGCGUGGGCAAAGCAAAAAUAAUUAAAAUACAUAUUUAUGAUACAACUAAACCACUUGAAAGAUAAGUUUGUCCGAGGAUAAGGCACAGGCCUGUGAUGGCAAAAAUGAUAUGAAUAGAAGGGUUGGUGUUUCACGCAAGCUCCUAUGCACAUUUAUAUAUUAAAAAAGGAUGAAAAAGCAUUCAAAAAGGAAAAAAAAGUAGCUUUGAAUAUCUAUAUACCAUUUCAAUGUAUAAUAAAUACUUUUAUAGAAACAGACAUUUAUUUGAUGCUCAUGGUGGCCCUGAAGUGCGAACCACAGCAACCAAUAGUUAAACCCAACAACGAAUGAAAAAAAUAACUAACCAAACAACAAAAAAUAAAUGACAACAAAACAGGAAAGCAGCACGAGUCUCCCCAACCUCCCAAGAUUUAACCCGCUCAAGUGUAUCUGACCUUUGUUUUUUUAAUUGUUUUUGCUUUUUGUUGUUUUGUUUUAGUUAUUUAGUUUUAUUUUAUUGUUUAGUUAGUUGUUUAUUUAUUUGGUUUGUUUCAAUUUGCUGUUGUGUUUUUAUUUCUUGUGUUUUUUGUUUGCUUUUUUGUGUUAUUUAUUUUUGUGUUUUAAGAUAUGCUGUUAUGUUUUGCACUUCAAGGCCACCAUAGAUGGGGAACCCAAGAGAAAAAUACUACAGAGCUUCGUGCAAUGAAUUGACCAGGAUGUUUACAGAGCCAAGGAAGACAUAAUUGACAGUGUGCGCAAUGGCAUGUUUAUCUGUGUGUGAUUUUGGUGGGUUUUGUGAUCUUCUGUCACUUGCUUAGGACAAAAACAAAUGAGACGAGCAUGUCUGCGUUUGUUCGCAUGCUCGCGUGCAGCUGUAGUAUUCAGACAGAUUAAAUAAAUUAAACUCCUGAACAUUAUAUAAUUACAUCUAUUAAAUUACACAAUUUCCCUAACCCCGCCAAAGAAUUCUAAAGAAAAACUGUCUUAUAUCACAUUAUAGUCUGUUUUGCUUGAAAUUGCUGAACAUGGUGUCAGUAUUUGAUGUCACUUAUUGUACUCUCAUCUUAAGUGUAUCUAUUGCACAUGCAAUUAGUUUUACAGAUCUACAGUCCAACGCAUUUUCUUAUUGUUGCAAAGAACGUCUGCAUUAUUGCACAUCAUCGAUACCGUCUCUUAAGUCUUGCCACCCUAAAACCUCUGGGGCUUUUUUCAUGACACGGACAAAUAGUCAAGGCAAUACUCAAUGACGAAAGGCCCAGAAACCACCUCAAAAACAUGUUAUACAGGAUGUCAGUCACAGUCAUAAUUUUUCUAAUGAAGUACAUGUUCUGUCAUGUUUUUCUUGUUGUUUUUUGCACUACAAGAAAGGUAUGUGCAGGCGCAGCAUAUCCUAUGAUCAAGACAUAUGCAAAUAUUUCAAAUGAAUAUAAAAAAUACUGGAAAUGAUUUUUGAAAAUGAAAAUCUUGUGACAUUAUCCUUCCCUAAAUACAUUUUAAUCCAGAA